UGACAUGCAUACCAUGAGUCCAUCUCGCUCCAGCACCGGAAACACCACACGAGCAUAGGUAGGGCUUAGUCUUUGAGCAGUCUUUAAGAUGGGUUUGGGGAUUCUGGAGGACAAGGUCAUGGACCAUGUGCCGGGCACCACCCGGUACUUUGACAACCCGGAGCGCCCGCUCUUCGCCCCCGAUGCCGACACGGGGCUCAAGUGCGACCGCAGCGGCCCCGUGCCCAUCAUCCUAGUGCCGCAGCCGUCCGACGACCCGAACGAUCCGCUCAACUGGCCGCUCUGGCGCCGCGACGUCAUCACCUUGAUCCUCUCCCUCGUCGCCACCAUCGCCGUCUCCCUCGGCCCCAUCCUGGCCGCCAACACGGUCACGCUGUCGCUAUGGUUCGGCGUCGACUUUACAAAGAUCGCCCUGCUUACGGGCUACUUUCUCCUGGGCGUCGGCCUCAUGGGCGUCAUCUUUGUGCCCUCGAGCCGCAUCUGGGGCAAGCGCCACGCCUUUGUUUUCGGCCUUAUCAUAAUCAUAAUCUCUAGCGCCUGGGCCGGCGAUGUCGGCAGGAACUACGACAGCAUGGUCGGUGCGAGGGUCAUCCAGGGCUUUGGCGCCGCCCCUUACGAGGCCCUCGUCAACGUCGCCGUUGGCGAUCUUUACUUUGUUCACGAACGCGGCAAGCGCAUGGCUGGCACCAACCUGGCCGUCUUCGGCGGCGCCUUCGCCACCCCGAUCCUCGUCGGAAAAAUCACACACACCAUCGGUUGGUGGUGGACCUUCUACCUGGUCGCGAUACUGUGUGCCGCGAGCCUGCCGGCCAUCGUGUUCCUCUGCCCCGAGGUGGCGUACCGGCGCGACAAGUCCCUCAACACCGACAUGCUCUCCGAGGACGAGCGCACCGCGUCCAAGCCGAACACGACUAGCCAGUACAACGACAACGGCCGGCCCGAGCAGCCCGCCCCCGCCACAGCCGAUGCGGCUACCAAUCAGGCCCGUAGCGGGGAGGAGAAGCCGCACGACCAGGACGCCGUCAAUCCUUACCCCUCCAACGCCGCGCCGCAGAUGACGCCCAUGGGCAUGCCGAGGCCGGUCCCCCGCAAGAAGACGUUUGUCGAGUCCCUCGCCCUCUUCGACGGCCGCAAGACGGACGACAACUUCUUCGUCCUGUUCGCGCGCCCCUUUGUCCUCUUUGCCCAGCCCGCCUUCUUCUGGGCCUGCCUGAUCCAGGGCACCAUGAUCGGCUGGACCGUCUUUAUCGGCGUCAUCCUCGGCCAGUUCUUCCUGGGCCCGCCGCUGUGGUGGAACGAGGUCAACACGGGCUACGCCUACACGGGCGCCUUCGUGGGCGCCCUGGUCGGCUUCGUCAUCGCCGGCGGCCUGGCAGACUGGAGCGCCAAGAAGAUGACGGCCUGGAACGGCGGCGUGUACGAGCCCGAGUUCCGCAUCGUCCUCAUCAUCCCCCAGCUAAUCCUGGGCUGCGCCGGCUUGUACGGCUUCGGGAUUACGGCCGAUGGGUUGCUGGGCGACAAGUACCACUGGUCCGUCCCCAUCGCCUUCUUCGGGCUCGUGGUCGCCGGCAUGGUCGUUGGCGCCGUCGCUUCGUCGCUUUACAUUGUCGACGCCUACCGCGAUCUUGCCAUCGAGGGCUUCACCUGCAUGAUUAUUUUCAAGAACGUCUUCAGCUACGCUCUGACCUACAAGGCCUACGACUGGAUCCAGGAGAACCAGACCAGGGCCACUCCCGUCUUCAACGCCUUGGCCACGGUCCAGGUUGUCGUCUGCGUUUUGAGCAUUCCCAUGUACAUUUGGGGCAAACGGAUCCGAAGCUUUUACCACCGCCAUGACAUGCUGGUGAAGCUUGGUCUGAAAUGAUGGAGGUGGGAAGUGACGCAAUCCGAGAUUGAUCUCUGCGGGUCAACAGUAUGUCUGUCGACUUGUCAAUAUUUACUCCAUGUGUGGAAACUUUGUUUUUGUUGUCAUGGGCGCCUGGAACUAUCCAGGGCACGUGUUAUUGCAUACAGGAGCAAUGAGUGGUGUAUUAAUGCCAAAUCUUGAGCACCUAGUGCUUUCAUCUAUUUCAAUAUGUGCAGACCUGCCCGCCCAUCUCUCAAGCCGUCGCCUUGUUGCCCGAAGUGCCCUCUGCACCACCCGCCGCCCG